CAGGCGCAAAACUGUCGUGAAGAUAAACUAACUAACAUCCAAAACGACUCGACCACAAUUUGCGAGUUUAUGAAUAACAUUCCCUGAUUUGCUUACGAGUUAAGGAAUUUUAGUGUUGUUAUAAGAAGCUUGACUCAUCAGGAUUUGGCUGAAUACAUAAUGAAAAGGCUACGGUAAUUUCUUGCCCCGUUUUGUAAAGGAUAAGAUAAGAAAGAGUACUGGCUUCAUGCAUUCACAUGCAUUAUGAGAAGACAAGAAAAAAUCUGUUAAGAAACAGUCGAUAUCCAUGCCAAUACCAGGACUUACUGUAGAGGUAAGUGACAUAUCUAUCUGAAGACUAGUAAGUCCUUGAAUUUUUUUAGCUUUAAAAUUAGAGCGAAGGGAUAUCGACGUCGACGUCUUCAGGCAGUUCCUAAUCGGCAGGUCUUCGAUUAACUUGGUAUAUAUUUUUCUAGGAUGUGGAUGCAUAUUCCGAUGUAUCCAAUGGCUCUACAAUUUCUGUGGUAAGCUUAUUAAUUUUUAUUGACAAGCAAAGUUAAGUGCGAAAUGAUUUACGUGUAAAAACAGAGCCUAGGUCAAUAAUAUUGAUCAAAUGAAUGGAAACCAUAAGAAUACAAUAACACCUUACUGUUAAUUUGGACCUCUAAUACUAUACUGAACUAUGUGUAUACAAAUCAGCUGUGGCUCUUAGUAGACCAUUUUACAGUUGUGAGCUUAGUAGACCUUAGCUUGUUUUGAUGAAAACCCCUUUCCUUUUCUUAUGGAAAUUAAGUAUCAACACAAGGUCAUCUCCAGCCUCAUUUCCACCUGUAACCAUAAAAUGGUCUAUUGUGUAUACCAGCAGAAAUUCUACAGGUGUGUUCCUUUGAGUUCAUUCAGAUCAGGAUUUCUGAUCCAAGAUCCCCUGAAUCAUGGUGCUUUAAAAAGACCACUAAAUCCCAUCUUAACACGGAUUCAUCAGUACCAGGAGCCCAUUAUCAAUCGGAACCUUUAACACACCAUGUGAUCCGAGUGAUCUUAUAUCAUAAAUCCUGAUGUGGAUCAGCCCAAAGGAAUGCACCCUAUCAUUCAGCAGCUUUGAAACCAAGAGAACUACAUAGUAAUAGCAUUGUCCUUAUUGUGGGAGAGCUCUGAUCAUAUGCUGUCUUUUACUGACAAAUACCGUAAAUGAUUAAUUAAGCGCCGCGGCACUUAUUUAAUUUUCCCUGUAAUAGGUGCGGUGCUUAUACGAGAGCGACGCUUAUUUGAAAGCAGCACUUAUUUCAAGUGUGGGUAAGACACUGAGGGGAAUAUAGAGAGAAUAAAGUGAGGCGUGCACUAGGUAUGCACAAUUUAAUAUAAAAUAUGCACUCCUCAAAAUGUUAUAUGAACCCGGUUUCAAGAGUUUGCCUGCAUUAAAACUUUAGAACUCAUGAGUUGGUCGAGGUCUUGUUUCUCAAGUGGUAUGGUUUUGAUAUCUCUUUAUAUCAAGUGCCGUAACAAAGGUGGGGCGCUAAUUUGUAAAUACCCAAAUUAGUACAGCAGUGCUUAUUCGAGAGUGGUUCUUAUUGAAUUAUUUUCGGUAAAGGUGAGGUGCUUAUUCGAGAGUAGUGCUAAGUCGAGUAGCAGCACUUAAUCGAUCAUUUACGGUAUUGACUUUACAGUAACAUAAAUGCAAAGUGUAUUGCAUCGACAACACCUCUAUUCAUGGUCCCUAAAACAGAGAUAUUACUGCCCCAAAAUACCGUAAAAACUCGUGUAUAAGCCGCACCUUUUUGCCGAAAUUUUGAGUCAAAAAUCGCGGGUGCGGCUUAUGCACGAGACCAUUGCUCUCAAAGGGAGUAAACUGGCUUGUAGGGGUCACAAAUUGAACUGAAGACCUUCAGUAGAUAAAGAUUAUACAUAUUGAAACCUGUCGUUGAUCAUUGCUUUCAGUAGAAGUGGUGGCUCCUAAAGGAGCCGUUUGUUUGCAUCUGCAGGUUCUAUACCUGAAUCUUGCUCGCCAGUAGUUCUUUUAAGCGUUUCAUCUGCGCUUUGUUUGAGCAGUUAAACUCUCACUGGCACGGAAUCUCCAUUCCUCCGCACAGCUGCUUACAGUGUCGUCUGCGACCGAUCACUUCAACGCUGAUUUCCCCACUACGUGCAAGAAAAUACCACGUUAUUCGAGAGAAUUCGCGAGGCAAAUGGCCGACCUUUUCGUCGUCCUUCACUACUUUCACGGCGUGUUUGUCCAUUGGGUUGUUAAACUCUCGUUUAGCAACAAGCUUUUCCCCGAUCGAUGGUUUCCAUACGUGUUUAUAAACAUGAUAUCCACGCUGAUGCGAAAGCGAACGUUUCCUGAACUUCCCUCGUCAAAUAACCGCGUGGUUACUAAGCAAUCGUUUUGUAGCAUUCUCCAGCGCUUUAUUUUCGUUCCAUCGUUCCAUUUUCAUUUCAACUGUGGGCUUUAGCAAUGAAGAGAACUGUUGUCUUUCGCAGGAAAUGGGGAAAUUGAUUAAAGAGAACCUUUUAAAAGGUACUUUCAGAGUUGAUUAACUUAUUUAAAAUGUCACUACAAAUACACAACAUUUAAUUUCCUCAAGUUUAUUUGUGAACAUUUUGAUGCGCGAACAAACGAUCACCUUUUUUACAAAAGCGCAUUUUUGGUCUUUUUUUUUUUCAAAAUCAUGCUUGAAAGUUGGGGGUGCGGAUUAUACACGAGUGCGGCUUAUACACGAGUUUUUACGGUAACCAGUCAUUUCCAAUAUUAUCAUACUGAUCCAAGUUGAAAAAUACAUUUUUCAGCAUGUCUGAUUGGACAGGUUGGGUCAUUGUGACAGGUUUGCCAACGAGAAAAUUGCAUCUUGUUAGGGAGACAUUUUAUUCACUCAAGGGGGCCACUGCUAAGAGUCAUACAAGUUGUACUAGUUGAGAAAGUUAUUGUAGACUCAACAGAACAACUUGCUGACUUAAAAAAAGCAUCGCAUUAGGGUCAAUCUGAUGAGUUAAUUAAUACAAGAAUGUUAGGCAAGUGAAAUACCUUAGUAUUCUUCAAGCCAUAAGGCUAACGAAACAAGCAUGCAAGAUGUCAUAAUUUUUAUACCUCAUUGUUAAAGCCAUGGGGUGAAAAAGUGUGCUACUCAUGUAAGUUACAAUGAACCUCGUUCUUUGACAAGCAUGUUAAACAUGUCAGAUACUUCUUUCUUUGAGCUAUGAAGCAAAACAAGCAUGCUACUUUAUAUGUAAUAAUAAUUUGUAAACAUAUACUGGAUACCGUUAUGUUGUGGUUCAAUUUUAUCCUUGGUUUAAAUUUUAUUGUCCUUUGUUUUUGGGUAUGGUAAUGUAUAAGAAUGAGUUUGAAACAAAGGAAAAUGAAAUUAUUUAAACCAAGGAUAAAAUUGAACUACAACAGCUAUACCUAGGUGUUAUUGGUACGUUUGACCAGGGUAGUAAUGUACUGCUUAAACUCUAAAUACUUACCCUAUACUAUGCAUGCCAAGGAUGAGUAAGGCUGCAUAGCUGGCAAGUUUUUUUGGUGUGAUUGUCAUUUUCAGUUCAUGUACGGCAGCGAUGGGGGAGGGGACGAGGGAGAGAGAAAAAAAAUAAACAUAACAGAAAAACCACCAGCUGUGAAGUCCAAUGAUCAGUUGAAUGAUGAAAUGCUCUGUAAAGAUAAGAGACCAUAAAACCCCACCUUCAGUAUUGUGGUGCAACUUAAAGACUUACUUUUAUCUCUGAGCAUGGUUGAUAAGGUGGAAUGGUUACGAAGCCUGACAGACUUCUUUGUUAUUAUGUUUUUGUUCAAAGCUUUUUUAGACUCGGCUGUACCCAACAUUCAAUAGCAUUCCUAUCACUUUGAACUUCCUAAUUGAUAGAAACAUUGGAUAGUGCAUGGUCAGGGAGCUUCCAAUAUAAACUGCAGCAUCUUUGUUUUCAUCUUUAAUGUUUGCUGGCUUUCCUAACCAGUUUCUUUUACUAAGUAUGCUCUGAGUAACAGAAAAUGCUUUAGUGUUUCAAGUUAUGUUUGUACAAAUCUUUCAUGUCGCAUGUACCCUGCACUUCUUAGUUUCAGACUUCUAAGCUUCUAGGACUACCGGUAAAUCUUAGAGCACAACCUUGAUAAAGGAGGGCAAUUUUAUUUAACAACCAAUAAUUGGUUGGAUAUGGUAGAUCGCCCAAAACUGUAGUUAUAUAAUGAUAAACUGAAAACCAUGGAGUAAAUCAUAGUCAAGUGGGAAGAUGUAUCUAAUUAGAAUGGACUUAAAAAUGUUUUCCUUGCAUGACUGUUGUUGUUAGUGAGGGGCCCUGUAAUGUGUUGUCGAGUCAUGGGUGGACAAAUUAUUUUGUUGUAGCUGUCGUGGUUUAAUUUUAUCCUUGGUUUAAAUUUUAUUUUCCUUUGUUUUAAAGUCAUUAUCAUACAUUACGAUACCCCAAAACAAAAGGAAAUAAAAUUUAAACCAAGCAUAAAAUUGAACCACAACAAAGCCACUUCUAAAUACUUUACUUUGGAGGGGUUUAUAGAGGACUGACAUCUUAUACACAUGUUACAUAAUGACCAUUGUUUGUUUGUUUGUUUGUUUAUUUAGGGAAGCGCAGCCUCAGGCAGUAGUGGACACAUGCCAAGGCCCCCUACAGGUACAAAUACUUGUUAUCAUCAUAAAAAAUUGUUAACAUGAAAGGGUUAAAGUAUUUCCUCAAGUGGAUAGUGCAUUGUAUCUAGUACUUAAUUGCUACAAUCAUCGUCAAAAAUGUUGGGAAGGUUACCAAUUUUUACCUUUUUUUUAGUUGUCCCCCCCGCCCCUGGAUCAAUGUUGGACAAAACUGAAAUGGUUUUUGUGCGUAAUUGUUGUUACAUGUCCCAACAUUGAAUAGGGGGCGCGGGGGGUAUUCAGGAGAAGAAGAAAUAAUCUUUUUUCAACAUAGAAAUAAGGCGUAUGAAAUGGAGCAAAAAUGUUGUUAAGUUAUUCCACCUUCCCAACUACUUUUGUCCGUGAUUGUCUUGAAAUUCUGGGUGUGGUCAUGAAGAAACAAAAGUCAACGACUUUCUAUAGUAAAGCACGUCUUUAAAAAAAACACAGAAUUGGUACUCUCGUGAAAAGUAAGAGUUACUGUGCGUUGUUUUUAUCAUUUCAGGCGAAUAAAAUGGCUAAUACAAUUAGGUUAUGAUUAUUAUUUUUUGGGAACAUAAGGACAUGUAUUGUUAUGAUUAUUUUUGUGUCGGGACAGCUUCAAUGAGUGAUAUCUGUAAAGUAUUUCACGUGUUUAAAGUUCUGCUGUCAUUUAUGCGAAGGGGAGGAGUCGAAAUUGUUUUGUAAUGCGAAAGACAGUUUGUUUUGGCCUGUUUGAAAGGUCUACGGACAACGAUAACAACCCUGAAAAUGGCACAGGUAAAUGAUAGUUUGCGAAACCGUGAGCAGCGACUUGUGUAUCUUGUGACAUAUAGCAGAGCCGAUGUAGAAAAAGUUGCGACAAGAGAAGCAUUUGCCGAAAAGGUCUCACUAGGGUGGAUGGAAAUGACGGGUGUUAAGGUUGUGCAGCGGGUUGUAGCGCGAGAAUUACACGCUGAUGCAGGUGUUUCAGAGAGCAAUUCCCAUUAUCACAUGGCAAUGAAACUGGAAAAACGUGCUCGCUGGCUGAAGGUACGCCAAUUCUUAGACGACCGCUACGGCAUAAGGGUGAACUUUAGCGCCGUACACAACACAUACUACUCUGCGUACAAAUACACCACAAAGGAAGAUGACUUCUGUGUUCACUCAGAGGGUCACCCAGACCUAAGCAAUGCGCGUCCACCGAGAACUGAGAAGGCAAUCUCAGGAAAGAAGAGAAAAGCAGUUGGCCGUACUGGGGGUAAGAAGACGAAACGAAAGCGUGGUCUUUCAGUGUACGAGGUUGCCCAGUUUAUCCAGGCUAAGAACGUAAAAUCACGGCUACAGCUUCUGUCUAUAGCAGCUUCACAAAAUCGGGAAGGGAAGACAGAGCUGGCGGAAUUUAUAUGUAACAGGGGUGGAAAAGCAGUAGAUGAGUGUCUGGCUAUCGCGCAGGAGUUGGCAACUGCGGAAGCGAAGUAUGAAAGGUCACAGAAGACUCGCAUGCAACUUCUACACGAAAGCUACUCUGCCGAAUGCGUUUCCAACUGUGAGGGAAAGUGGCUAGAGGCGGCAGUUAACCUCCUGAAUAGAAAUGAAAUCAGCGUCAGUGUUUUCGGCCAAGCUGUCUUGACGUUGCUGGAAAAAGGAAGAGGAAAGUACAGAAACCUGUUUAUACAUGGAGUUGCCUAUUGCGGGAAAAGUUUCGUGUUCGCCCCAUUGAAAAGCAUGUAUGGCACUUUUUGUAAUCCCGCCACUGGAACUUUUGCCUGGGUUGGUGCAGAAGAGGCGGAAAUUAUCAUGUUGAAUGAUUUUCGGUGGAAACCCUCCAUAAUAGCGUGGGCUGACAUGCUCCUGUUGCUAGAGGGAGAUAUAGUGCAUUUACCAGCUCCCAAAAAUUUCUCGAAACGGGACAUUGAGCUUAGCAACGAUACCCCUAUCUUCGCAACAUCAGACGCGCCAAUUGUUUACAUAAAGGGGGGAAGUGUUUGCCACGCAAACACUGAAAUGAUGAAUGUAAGGUGGAGAUUUUUCCACUUCUGGAGACAAAUUCCACCAGCUGAACAACUCCAGUUAAUUCCUUGUGGUCACUGCUUUUCAAAACUGAUUUUAGACAACAUCACUGAGUAGAGUCUUUUAAAAUAACUUAGAGUAACGCGUCUAUUGUCUUCGCUAAUCUGAUUACACAAUGAGUCAAAAGGCGCAAACGUGGGAGGCCACAUUACUCCAUUGAAGUAGCGGAAAUUAUUUCGUUUAUAGUCGCUCCAAAGAGAAAAAAGUUAUAUUGAAUUGUGCAGGACUUUGAAAGGAGUUAGUGCUAUGCUUUUUAAGGGCCAUUUUAGCGUUUUUGUAAGGAAAAUACCACAUUACUCCGCAGCUAGCGUUUAAAUUAAACUUGACUUAACUAAUUGACCUUUAUUAGACACUGUUUCAAUGGAGUAAUGUUGAAAAUCACUAGUUACAUUUAUUUCUUUGGAAAAAUGAAGGAAAAAUGGAACAUAUUCUAAUACGGUUUACAUAUUUUUGUACUUUGUUCACAAGAAUGUUGGUUCAUUGGUGAUGUAUUUGGGACUUUCUUAUGGAGUAAUGUGGUGGAGUACUGUGAAAAUCGUUGUGGUUUACUGUUCUCAAAAUAGCUUAAUGAUUGACAGGUGACGACAUUAGCGUAAAAAGAUAAUCACACUGUAAAUUGUUGAAGCUCCAAUUUAUUAUAUUAUUCCCUUAAUGACAUCGUCAGUACAUGUCAACAUAAUAUAGUGUAAGAAGUGAAGUAUGUUAGCAUUAAAAUACCUUGUUUACGUUUGUUUAAUACUUGGUUCGACAACCCUUUCCUUCAAUAAUUGAUAGAACUCUAUUGGACAUACUUUCUAUGGUUUUAUCAAUGACAACAGUAUCCAUCUCGCUAAAUGUGCGCAACACUCUGUUUUUGAAGUCGCCAAAUGAUUCUUUGCUGAUGUGUUUUUCAAUCGCUUCAUCGUCUAAUGAAUCUUUGACAAUAUGAAAAAUAGAUUCACAUGGGCUCAGGUCUGGCGAACGAGAAGGUAUCUUCGAAAGUUCGCAUUCAAUUUCUCUUAGAGCACUCAUAGCUAAUUUGGACACCUGACUUGGAUCGUUAUCCAUAACAAAUAGACGCUUUCCAUCUCGUUUUGGCCCUGCACGUCCGAAACAUAAAUUAAAAUGCUGCCUAAUGAAAUUAGCAAAGAACUGGCCAUUCAAUUUGUCAUAGGGCUCUUUGAGAAUAACUCCUUUUCCGUAAGCUAUUGCAACCAUUACGUGCAGCCUUUUUCCUCCCGCUAAAUCUUUCGAGCCUUUGCUGGUUACUUGCAAGCCUUCGCUUUUUUGACGCCAUACUCUUGCCUUUGGAGCCAUUGCUGUGCUCAUGGGAUUGGUCUUGUAUAUGAAAGACACACCAUCUAAAUAAAAAGCUACUUCGUCAGUCCAAAAACCUGGGAAAUCUCGUUCGUAGCGUGCCAUUUUCCUUGCAUACUGAAGCCGGUCUUUUUUGUCACUUUCUUUCAGAAGACCCUUUUUUCUAGCUUGUAAGAACCAGAAACCCAUCUCAUUUAAGCAUCUGGAAUACGUGCGAAUACUUGCGGUUUGAAGGCUUAGUCCACUGUAAGUGAGAAGUCUCUUCACAGUUACUGCUACACCUUGUCUCCUCAUUUUCAAGAGGUUUCUUUUCAAUAACCGCUUCAUACGGAGUGAAAUCUUUCUUGGUCGACCGCGUUUCCUUGAGUGGCCCGAGUUUUGUCUUUGAAAAAGAUUCUCAUUGCAAAUUCUUUCGGCGGAGGAGGUUGAAAUGUUACAUUUCUCAGCAAUUUUCGGAUAACUCAGGCCAGAUUCUUGGCGUAAAAAUAUUGCUAACGCUCUUUUCUCUGCAGGUAUUUUUCCUCUGAAUACCAUUGCGUAAUCAAUAGAUUGAAAUUAUUUAUUUCUGUAUUGGAAAAUCAACAGUUUGUUAUAUACAGGUUUUCGAAAUUCGUCGCCUAAGAGAAUACAGUCUAGAAAAUUCCGCACUCAUGUCACACCCCUCCCGGCCCACAGGUUUCACGCAUACGUGUGCAACUAGAAUUUUCCGGUGUUUCUCGAAAACGUUUAUUGUCCCUAAGCCUCCUGCUUACUGUAGUUGUUUUUCAAGUUGUUUCUCUUUGUUUCGUCCUUAAAAUCAUAGAACUCACUGAAAUGAUACGAAGUGAAACUGUGUAACUGAACAGACGCAAAAAUGCAUAACAACAAACGUGUGACAUUUAGCACUAAUUGCUCUCAUGUCUUCUAAUUUUAUGUAAUGAAACAUACAAGCUAUGGCGAUUCUUUCCACUUUCUCCAAACAAGGAACCUUCAUUUAAUCUAUCGCCGGAAAGUAAGCAACAUAAAGGUUUUUUCCGACGUUGUUAAAAAACAAUCUACACAUGCUAGUGGAUUUUGUGGUCACGCUUUGACAUGUCACGUAUGUGAGAUGCAAGGAUCUCAUGAUGGUGAUUUUAACGAAACUAAAGCUUUAUUCCAUUUUAUAUACACAUUGUAAAGUACAUUAUCAAUAGAUUUCCAGGGUGAGAAAUCUAAGCGAAAUGUUAAAAGCCACAUGUUUUACAAGCGUUAAAAGACAAUUUUCUAUUCUCACACAAUCAUCGUCAAAAAUGUUGGGAAGGUUACCAAUUUUUACCUUUUUUGUACUUGUCCCCCCCGCCCCUGGAUCAAUGUUGGACAAAACUAAAAUGGUUUUUGUGCGUAAUUGUUGUUACAUGUCCCUACAUUGAAUAGGGGGCGCGGGGGGUAUUCAGGAGAAGAAGAAAUAAUCUUUUUUCAACAUAGAAAUAAGGCGUAUGAAAUGGAGCAAAAAUGUUGUUAAGUUAUUCCACCUUCCCAACUACUUUUGUCCGUGAUUGUAGUUAUAGCCGAAGAUUGUUCUCUGACAAAAAUUGGAGGGAGCCAAUAUACCAUGUUUCCUCGAAUAAUGGCCAUCUCUUGAUUAAUCAUCUCCCUCGAAUAAUUGUCCCCCUUUGAUGGAAACAUUUGAAAUAAUCGCCUCCCUCGAAUAAUUACCCCUCCCCACCUCUCGCCAUCUUCUCUUCCUUUUAUCCCCUCCCUGUACAUGUCAAGUUGACAUGGAAUCUGAUACAGCAAAACUGAUCACUGAUGAUUCAAACUCUGAGAAUAAUCAGGGAACCAAAUUUGGAACACUUAAAAAGCCACGUUCAGUUUAUUUGAUGUGAUAAUUUUUUUUUUAUUUGAUGGUAUAAUAAAAGAAAAUAAAUUGAGGCACGACUUCCAGUGAUCAUGAGCAAUAUUUGAAAUAAUUGCCUCCCUUGGAUAAUUGCCUUCGAAUAAAGGUAUUGUUGUUGUUGUUGCUGUUGUUACUUCCUUCGAAUAAUUGCCCCCGGCUAUUAUUCGAGGAAAUAUGGUAGCCCUGUGCUCUAAACCUGUGAUGACCAUAUGAUUUUUAUGAACAAAAGUUUAUUUUCUAGUCACCUAGGAGUAAAAGUAAAGUGACAGGCCCGGACCACUGGGCACUGCUAGAGCACUGUCCUGAGCCAUCAUAUCAAAAUAAUACCCUUACAUGUAUAAUACCCUUAAAAAGCAGCUAAGUUCUUAAUAAAUUAAUUUUACCCCCAGAGUAAAAUGUUGUGUUCCUCCAAACAUAAAAAAUGGAAAGUGAGUCUUAUGCUUAGCUUAUACUUAACUAUUUUAAGUUUAGUGCUGCCUCCAAGAAAAUGUGACCCUUAGGGAAACAGAAUGAAUGGAUAUGUUGAGGACUACAAAAAUGUGUCACUAUUUUCAAAUAAAUUAAUUUCAGUUGGACUGUAAAAAAUAUCUGGUCCUUAAACAUUUUAACACGGAAUCCAUCAGGAAAUUGAGUAAUUUUAAUUUUCAGUGGACAAAAACCUUGUACCAGAAUAAUUUAAAGAAUAUUACAUUCUUUUUUACAUUUUUCAAGGGCUUUAAAUGUUAUUAGUUAUGGGUAAUAACACCAAAGAAAAUUUCUUAUGGGAACCUGAGAAAAUAAAUGUCAAACUUCACAAAAUGACAUCUUACACAUGAAAUUUUCAGAAUUUUCCCUUUGUUUUCACAAUUCUUCUGAAAUUUGACAUUCAUUUUCUCAGGCUCCCAUAAGAAAUUUUUUUUGGUGUUAUUACAUGUAACUAAUUACAUCUGUAGCCCUUGAAAAAUGUAAAAAAUAAUGCAAUAUUCUUUAAGGUGGCUCCCUAGAGUAAAUUGGCUGUGCGCAGCCUGAGCACUAGUAUGGCGCGAGCUUUAAAAUCCACGCGACGUCCACGCAAAAAUUAAAACAAACAUGGCCUCUCAGUUUCGAAAUAUUUCCCCCAAAACUCUUUAUUAACUUUCUAUUGAAGCUCAUUGUGCAAAAAGUUUGAUUAGUGUAGGUCAAACAUUUAUGAGAGGAGACAAUGUUACACCGGUUACAAGUCACUAUUGAUCUCCAUAAGUCAGAGAAAAUUGUAUGUAAAAACAAAGCAGAUAUUUUCCAAAGACAUCAAUUCUUUCGCUUUAAAAUUGAAGUAGACAAACGUUAAAUAGUCGAAGUAAAUGGUGAGUGGAAACUUUACUUAGAAAACAAAGAAGUAAAUACACUAACCCAGAAGGAAGCAAUGUUGCUGUUACUGGCCUCUGGUUCACGGUCAGUGGAAAGAUCUGAAAGAUCGAGCCAAUUCCCAAACAAACAAUGAAGAUUGUCUUCACUGGCAGAGUUCCUCGGUCACUUUAUUUCUUUAACAUUUGAUUUGAUUUAAGUAAUUCUAGAAGUGGCUUUAAGACAAGUUUACAGAGAGUGUAAUUUUUUGUUUUGCCGACUCUAUCACAUUGUUUAAAAAACUUAUCAGAAAAAAGGUUUCCCACUUAACUUGCAUCCCAACCGAAGGAACCUUUCCAUCGACGAACCAACAUCUUUGUAUUUUUUCUUGUUUCAAACGUCCUUCAACGCACAUGCAAGAUGCACUAGAAAAUGUUUUUGCAUGACGAGAAAUAAUUUUUACUCACAGAUUGACCCUUGAAGAAGGCAAUAGUUGUCCGUCGAGACCUAAGGUCUUGUACGUGUAGCUGAGGACAUGAUGUACGAUUAUAGAUCGGCACCAUCUUUUACGGCAGACUUUUAAAGAAAAGCUUUGCCGUCGAAAUUAUCCCUUAAGAAGAACAAGGUUGAAAAAGUAUCCGGAAGUAGGCUGACAUUUGAAGAUCUGCAAACAGUGUACAGCAGAUUAGGCAAUAAAGGGCUUAUUGCGAUCCUUGCACAACCACCGUCUUCAUCUCUGACGAUCGCCAUCCUCACGAGUGACCACCACGGUUCGAAUUUUUAGCUACAACAGUCAAGUACUUCGAAGAUAACAUCUUGUGUUAGGUAUAAAACUGAAUCCGCUAUCUCUCCUUUUUCAACGGCUUCAAAACAAUGGCUUUCGUACUCUUCAACGAAACCACAUCUUUUCAGUAGCUUUGUGCAUUAUGCGCAUGCGGGCGUGAUGGCUCGCACGCGUAUUUUGCUCAUACGACCCCAAACCACGUGUGUUUUUCGGAUUUUUGUGAUGUCAACGUAGUUAAUUAACCGUAAAUUUCUCGCGUUUCCUUCGGUAAAUUUUUUUAAAAAUCGCCUCAUUUCUUAACAGUUGCAGUGCCUUUGUACUGUCCUCUUUUUGUUAAAAUCUGUAAGAGCUAAAUUCCUCCAUUAAGAAAAAUUACAAAUUUCAAAAUAUUGGCAAAACCGUCUUAAUGACCCCAUGUUUUUUCCACUUUAAAAUGUUAAGCAAUAUCGUUAAUAUAAAGUGGCAAAGUUUAAAGACAUUUCGCCGAGGGAAAUAAGAAAUAUUAAGAAAAAAUGAUCAAAAAUGACAAAAUUACUGCCUGUCAAAGGAUGCGAUGUUGCCAUGGCAAUGGCGUUAAUCCAGAAAAUGAACCUUGAUAAAGGAGCCUUCUUAUAUGGGUAAACUUAGCGGAGAAUCUCGUGAACAAAGUCGCAAAGACAAAGUAACUAGAUUUCGUUCUGUAACGUAUGCUAGAUAGCUAGGGUUAUUAGUAAAUACUCUAGGGAGCCACCUUAAAUUUUCUGGUAAAAGCUUUUUGUCCACUGAAAAUUAAAAUUACUCAAUUUUGCUAGUGGAUUCCAUGUUAAGUUGUAUGCAAACUUAAGGAAUGGCUCCUUAAACAUUAAACACUUUAAGCUUUAUGCAAGCUAAAUUUGCAGGUAUGGCUCCUUAAACCUGCUUUUUCUGAAAGUUAGGGGAGCUCACUACUUUGUUAAAGCUUUGUUUAUUGGUAAUUUGGGACAAACUGUUACUAACAAUUUCUGACACUUACACUGUAUUCUUGUUUAUAUUUUUUGAAUGUACUUGUACACUAAGGUGGUUCAAGGAGACCAAGGUCUGUGCAAGGCCGAAGAUCUAGAGUUGGUAAGAUUUAUCUUUCUGCUUUGAAGCACUCACUCUGUUCCUGUUAGAGGCUAGAAAGAAUGUUGAAAAACAGUGUUUCUCCUGGGUGUACCAGCUACAGGGGCAUGAACUUCAAAAAAGGUUUUAAUUUCCACUGGAUGGGGCAUGUUUCAAGAGAACUUUGUCUAACGAGCAGUGCAUAAAAAUAACUUUGAGAGACUGAAAUAUCAUUACUUUUAAUUUGCCUCUGUGUAACAAAUUAUGUAUACAUGUCUGACUAUUGCUUUCUGAGUCUAGUGCGAUGUGCAUUAAUGGAGAAAUCAUGUUGUACAGUCCAAUUGAAGAAGUACAUGUAUGGUGUAAUAAAGAUUUUCAGCUGAUGGAAAGUGGGUUACAGUUAAAUGAAAGUUUGAAUUAACCUUUUAUGGUUUUCAAAAAACAAAAACAAAUAAACAAAGAAAACUCCUAAUCUUAAUUAUGGUUGUAAAAUAAUGUAAAUAUUGAUUUUAUUGUUAUGUGCAUUUAGUUACAAUUUUAGUGUGAUAUUUUUGUAUCUCACAUAAAUUUAUUUUUCUGUCUUAGCUUCCAUCCGCUAUUAAGUGUUACAAAUGUACAUCUCCAGUAAAAGUAAAAGCUCUUCCAUUAUUGGAGAGGUUAAGCAUCACGUUUACUUCAAACGGCAAAGGCGAAUUUGUACUGCAUGAUUGAUAAAAGUUUCCUCUUUACUUGUCGAUUACUGCUCAUUAUUUCUACACCGACAUUAGUAGUCUCAGGCAAUUUUUCAUCCAUUAGAAUUGUUUUGAGCUGUUUUUAUCUGCUUAUUUUCUAUUUUGAUAAAAUAAUUCUCAACUUAAAUCUGCCAUUUGCCGUAUACGUCAAAAACUCCCUAUUUAUUUGUUUUGAACAGCAAAGUCCCCUUACUCCAGCUCUACACUCAAAGGCUCCUCAAAGCAUCAACCUCCCAAGCCUGCUGCAAGAAACAUGUGGAUCACUGCAAUGAGAAGUGGAACAAGCAGUAUGUGAUAUUCUAAAUCUUUUAACAUAUCAACACGCAAGUUUUUGCUAUCUAUCUUUCACCGCCUUUUUGGUGUUUAAGAGAAGUUGAUCAAAUAUCAAGACAGCUUAUAAUAUACAUGUAUCUGCCAACUUUUUUUGGCUGAAAGACAUGAGAUUUUUUCCUGCAAAGGCCAGUGUUUUCACAGAGGAACCAACCAUACCUAAAAGUGCAUAAAGAUUCCAAAGGUGUUUGGAAGAGAUGAAAAGUUCUCAAUAGAAUAAUUAUGCAUACCACAUUGACCAACUUCUAAAAUCAGAGAUUUCAGAGUAUGAUCAUUCACUUUAUUAUAUUUUGAUUCACUGUAGUGAAGUUUUUUUUCCUUACAUUUGUUCCAGUUUAUUACAUUAAUUUUACACAUUUAUCGAAAAAGUGCAUCUUAAAUAAGUAGGCUGUGAUAGCUCAAAGUUUUAAGCAAGGCAUGAGAAAUUUGUCCACGGGUGUGAGAGGGGUUGGAAUGAAAUUAUCUCUCUGUAGGUAACAUUAUGAGGCUUACAUCUAAGUCAUGAGGAUUGGUUUGUAUAAGCUUAUCUCUGCUACAUAUAGGGUUCAUACAGAGUCUUGAAUUCUUUAAAAACUCUUGAAAUUUGCCCAGUAAUUUUCCAGAACUGGAAAAAGGCUGGAAGAAUGGUCAAUAAAAGUCUUGAGUUUUUUCAAAGCUACAACAAGUACUUUAUACAUGUAAGUGAAUUUUGUUUGUUGUCUUGAAUGUACAUGUAUGUUUGCAUUGUGUUGUGAAAAAAAGCUUUGUUCCUGCUUUUUGAAGGUCUCUAUUGAUCACCUAUUUGUUAACCUUGAGUCUGGAAAAAGAAAUCAUUAAUUUGAAAAAAUGUCAGGAAAAAGUCUUAUGUUGAUGAUUUUCAUAUCAUCAACAUAACUAUCCAUCCCAAACAAUCUAUGGUACUACAACAGUCCUAUUCAGGGCCAGGUUGUUCAAAGCUGGGUUAAGAUAACCCACGGUUAGUGCGAAAUUUGAAUUCAGAUAUGAACGCCUCAACAGCAAAUUCAGUUGAAUUCUUUUUGUUUGCAAUUUGGUGAUUGGAUACUCUAAAAAGAAUAGAGAAAAUUAUGCAAGAAAAUGUGUUAGAUAAAAAGAAAAAGAAACCCAGGUUAAAAUCUAACCCUUGGUUAGUACUAAUCGACCUGCGAGCAACUGGCCCCAGGACAACACUCACCAGCACAAUCACAUUCCAUUUACUUAUGAAAUGACUACUGGCUUCAAACCUUUCACUGUAAUAUGUGAUACAUUUGAUGAGGCUGUGAGCACUACAUGUAUGUGGAAGAGGUUUUUUUUCCUUAAAUAAGUGGAGUCAGCUCAGCACUGCCAGUGGUUUUCUUUAGUCUUCUGUAAUAGUCAUAAAGACCCCUUAGAUGCUUGUUUUUUCCUUAUUCGUUAUUUUUUUAAUAUAUAUUUCACUUUUAGCUCUUAGCACAGAAAACUCUGCCAUGAAUACUUGGUCUGGUACCAGGCCCUCUCAUAGCAGCAAACAGAUGAAGACUGGAAGUCGAGCAAGGCAUAUGAGUGAUUAUGUUUCAGUAAGUUUUAGAAGUCUACAAACAGAUUUGAGUCAAUUAUCUGAAAGGAGUCGUUCUUCAGUGGUCAUUAGACUUUUUUGUGUUGUGGCCUAUCAUUUUUAUUUCUUAUCGUUCUUGGGCAUAGGUUGUAGUUCUUCUUGUGCAUACAGCUGUACAAUCAGGUCCUUAUGCAUGCUCCAACCAUGUUAUACUGGGGUACUUACUAUUUGACAGAAAAAUCCAGUUGGGGUGUCAAAAGCAUAAUGGUAAGCGUUUUACCAGUUUACCGUAGAAAUGCCACAUCCAUAACGGUUUGAAUCCAAAAAAGGCGAAUUCGUGUAGCGUGAGUCUGGAACCGAGGAGGAACCGAGAAAUUGGUUAAUGUUAAGCAAAAUUCCAUUUGUUUCAUACCAACCGGAAUGAAAGCUAGGACUACCUCAAAACAUACUCCUCAAUUUUUGGUUGGAAUUUCCGAAAAGAGACCUUACCAUUUACCUUCCAUCCAGAAUUUCGGAAAUUUUCUGUCAAAUAGUAAGCACCCCGGGUGUAUGCAUGUACAGCUUAGUAAAACAGAGUCAGGUUGUUUGUGGUCAUUACCAUCAUUUUUGCUCAUUUUUUGAGGUCAUACAACAUAGAAACUCUUGUAUGACUGGUUUAUUUUCACUCAUUUUCAAACAUGUAGCCUGAUAAAACAUCGGACAUUUUGCUAUGCCACCACUGGUUUCCUCAAAAUGACUUCUUAGAAACAAGCACAGAAAUUCCAUAAUUAUACUGAUCAUGUGUCACUAUCCAAAUCUUGUUUUAGUGCUUCUGAUUGGUUGAAAAGUUGCUUCAACCAAUCACAAGCACUACUGACAUGUCAUCAGUGUGGAAUUUCUGCUGUAGUCUCUCAGACAUCAUUUGUAGUGAAACCAGUGAUCGCAUCAUGCAAUGUAGCCAGUUUUCUCAAACUUUCAAACAUGCUGUCUUGCUGUGAGCAUAGAUGUGUGACAUCUUGAAGUGUCUUUUUCCUUCAGCUAAAUUGCUAAGUAAAUAUUUACUCCUUUCAAUUUUGUUUUGGUUUCAGGUUAAAGACUUAAAAAAUAAGAAUCAUGUUAGAAGUGCAAGCAUGUCUGCGAGUAUGUUUUGAUGAAAUUAUAUAUAUAUUUUAAUAAUCUUUAUCUCUUUCAACAUUAUUAUUUCUUUAUACAAUCUUUUACUGUAUAUAUUGAGACGGGUUUAUAAGUAAACUACUUUGAUGAAAAUGUUCACAAAGAAAAACUAGAUGAAGCUCAGCUCCACAGUUUUCAACAAACUUCACAUGAUUUUUAAACUAGUUGAUUCAAUAAAGUAUUGCAAUUCACAGUUUCACAACUUUUAAUCAUUGUUUUGUGUGGAGCUAUGAAUUAUUUCAAGAUUAUUUAACAGUAUAAACAAAUAAAUUAUGCCAUCCAAGUGCUGUUAGUAGUACAACCACCGGUUAUAAUUUACUUUUUUUAAGUUGUAGUGUUCUUUCUCACUUCUUAUUGAAGGUGAACCUCAAUUGACAGGAGGAGGUCCUGCAUAUAAACCACAGGAAGACUACUAUGAUGAGAUCAUAGAGUUAAAGAAGGUUAGUGAGCGGAGAAAUGACAAUUUUGUGAAUAAGAAUUAGGCCAUUUGCAAGUUCCAAAUCCCCUUGGUUUCAAAAUGAAGGUAAAAAAGUGUGUGACCUUACUUUAGGGUUUUAUGGGCCCUUAAAACUACAAUAUUAGCAAAUUAGUAUAAAUUUUUUGCAAAAUUCUUUCUAUGUGUGUUUAGAUUAUAAAUGCCCUGAAGGAAGAGAACAAUGUUAUCAACACAAAACUUCGGAGAGUUGAAGGGGACAAUGUUUUAAAGGUAAGGGUGUACCAAAAGUAUGGAUCAUCAUUCAUUAUAAUUUGUAGACAAUGCAAACCCAUAAUCCCUUGCCUUGCUCCAGUCCACAAAAGGGCUAGUGCUCAAGAUGUCAGCUGUUAAAUCUCUUUUUGGUGGCAAAUUUAAUAGUAAAAUAAGUUGUUAGAACUAACCAAGUGGACUAUUUUUACUAAAAAUUCAAACUCCAAGUUUACAAUCUUAAGUCACAAAGAUUUUGUGCUCAAGGUUGUUUUUUCUUAUCAGGAACGAAAACUUGAAGACCUAUUAAAUCAACGAAAGCAGGUAUGCAACAGAAGCCCAAUAAUACUAACAAUUGCAGGCGACAAGAGGAGUCCGCAAUCCUUAUCUCCAGGUUGUUAUUACGCAUGCGUCACAUUAUGUAGCCAGCAUUUGUUUGGACUUCCACUAAGAAUGAAUGGAAUGCACAGAACGCAAUUUGGUCACGCACAUCUCGACCUUCUGCCCCUGGUAAUCUGAUCAUGCAUGGUUUGGACCAUCUGUCACAUGAAACUUAGGCAAAGCGCAGCAUUGGAGCAAAAGUGUUUGGACUUUCGAUCGUUGUCGCCUGCACUCCCUAACCUUUGGUUAUCACUAGUAAUAAUAAUUUAAAUGAUAAUAAUAGCUAAUGAUGGCCUAGGUCCAUGGCUUGGUCCCAGCUCCCAAGGACAAAGGAAAUCAGGUUUAUGAGUUUAUGAGAAUGAAUCCUAAUCCUAAUCAUGGUCAUAAUAAGUAGCCAUUAGAUUCAUGAGAAAAAUAUACAUAAAAUGACAAAUUCAGGUAUACUUGAAUUUAAUUUAUUAAAAAGCUAUCUGUUUCAAGGGUUCAGUAUUAUUUUGUAUUAGGUCUUAGACGGGAUCUUUUCUAAGGUGUGCCAAUGGAUCUUUGCACCUUAGAAGCAGACUAUGUAAUGGAUAGUCACUAUGUUUACAAAUGUAAUUUUGUAAAAGAAGUGAAGACCACUUUUUUCCAAUAGCUCAUAGACGUUAUAACUAACUGAUGUACAUUUGGUGUUCAGCACCUCUUGUUACAAGUUGCCCCUCUUGUUAAUCUGUCCUAUUUGAUUUCACCAUACCCUCUUAGCCUUCUCCAAUAUACACAAGUGAUACCUGUAUGGAAAGGACAAGUGCAAUUCCCUGAUAAUUCAUUCAUUUUUUCCCUAACUUAUAAGCAACUUCCAACAAACUCUUCACUGCAAGGGUUGUUGUGAUUGGAUGUAUUUAUUCACAGAUUUAACUAUUUUCUAAAAAUUGCAUAAAGAUUUGUUCUAUCAUGGAUAAUUUUCCCCCAUAUUUUUCAUGUUAUAAUCUUGCUUUGAGAGUACUUUAUAUAACUGAUUGAUUUUUUACAUUGUAAUGGGCUCUGUCACAGUAUUUAUAGUCUUAUUUUUUCAAUGUACAGGAUUUCUAAAUAUAAAGUUAAAGGAAACUUCAAAAUAUUAAUAAUUUUCUUAAAACAGAAAAAACAAUAAAGAAGUAUAGUAAACCAUAAAAGAUUAAGGAUCUUGGUUCAAGAAAGAGAUUAAGUGGAUUACAUAAACCUUAAACAACACUAAAUUUUUCAAGAUGCAGAAACAGUGACAUAAUUCAGGACUAUAAGAACCAGAAGAAAAAGUUAAGAAUGUAAAAUAAUAUUUUUUUCUGUUUGGCGGCAAACUAAGCUUUCCAUGAAGCUUUACUUUUUUUAUUGCAAGGUAUGAUGUAAUAUCCAUCUUGUGUCAUUGCAACACACUAAUAAAAAUAGUUGCCCCAUUUUUUUUCUGGUUUGUUGCCUGGAAUGUUUCUUUGUUUUCUUUUUCCCUGGUAUCUUUAUUGUAUUUCGUAUUCAGCUUUAUCUAGGAAAUAGUUAAAUUAGGCAGGGAUAAUUAACAAUUAUUCCUUGAGCCCGAAUGGGCUCUGAGUCAAUAGUCCAUGAGGCUGAUGGCCAAAUGGGCUAUUGACUCAGAGGCCAUGAGGGAGAGAGGAAUAAUUGUUUUAGUUAAAUCCAUUGUCACCAUUGUUUUGGUUUCAAAGCCAGCGUUUUUCACUACUAGCGGGCUAUAACAUAUAGCCUAGUAGUAGCUCAACCAACCAGAGCGCAGCAUUGAUAAUAGACCACUUGCUGGAUUUUACUAAUUAUUGAUAGCAAUAAAUACAUAGUUUUUUCUUUAUUGGAAUUUGUGCUCAUCAAGUGUGAACUAAACGUAUUUUUCUUUUCAAUGGGGCAUCUCCUCCACAGCCAGAGGACAUGAGAAGGACACUAACAGACAAGAAGGGAGACACCAGUGCUGUAAGUACUUGGCUUGAUUAUAAACCUAUUUAUUUAUUUAAUACAAUUUUAUUAUUUUAUUUUGCCAACUAAGAAAAUGAGCCACUGUGUCAAAUUUGUAGUUGCUUUUACAUUGUAACGUUAUAUAGAAACUCUAGGCCUUUUAAAUUUUUUUUGGGUCGACCCCAAAAAAAUUUAAAAGGGUUUGUAUGGAGUUUUCUAAGCAUAACUGGGCUACGAUCUCAGAGACAUUUUGACCCGAAAUGCUCAUUUUUGGUAAGUAGGCCUCUUGGACAUUGUUCUUUCUGAAUAUCCUGACAAAUCCCAUAAUUUUAGAAAUUUCAUUUUUAUGACAUCACACUUUAUUACGCUAUUGGUGAAAACCACCUUUACAUGGGUCCUAAAAUGACUGAUUUGAAUAAUACUCUUUGUUGUAUUAUUUGAAUCGAUAAAAUUACUUGACACUUUGUUUUGUCUGUUGUUAAAAAAAUAAAUAAAUAUUAUUGGUAAUUGUUAAGCCUUUGAUCUGUAAGCCCUAAGUCUUUAUCAGUGAAGGCUUAUACAGCGGUUUUGAACUAAUGUAACAAUACAGUAAUUGUUUUGAAAAUAAUCGAAGUGAAAAUUCAAUGAAUAAAUUAAUGGAUUGGAUCUUUUUCUUGUGCAGAUUGUUAAUAGUCUGAAACAGAAACUCCAUGCAGUGGAGCGAACUGUUAAGGACAAGGAAACUGAACUAAGGUAGAGGGACGCAAAUCAUCAUCUUUAUAAAUAUUUUCUAAUAAUAACUAGGGACCCUUUAUUUGCCCUUAGCGGUAGUUAUAGCACGAUAAAAGCUGAUGCAUGGAAGCAAGCAAGAAGCUGAAAGAAAGAAAGUUGAAAAGAGUGUAAGAAUUCCUUUUGGCAGGAGGCAAACUUGUUGACUGUUCACAAGCUUAGUGAAGAGUGAAACAGGGUGACUGCUUCCACUUGAUUUACCGUUAAUAUGGAGAGAAAAUUCUGGGAAUUUGUUGAGUGGCCAUCUAAUAGAUCGAGGGCUGCUUAAGAUGGCUCGACCUUAUUCUUCAGUCACAAAACCUCCUGUCUUUGAACACAAAAUUCAAACGUUCCUCAAACAAAACCGAAAAUAUACUUGCACAGCUGUAGGGUAUAGAUAGGGGUUUCCAAAAAAGUCAGUUUUUUGUUGCGAAUUCAGUGUACAUCCAUGGCAACACGCUGAUGCCAUUACUAUUUUUGCUUUUCCUCAAUUUGUGAGAAGUCUAGACGGAAUUAUUGUAGUUCAUACAUGUAUAACUGGUGUUUACUUGAAUGACCGUUUGAAACACUGAAAAGGGCGAAUCACAAACCGUUCUUUUCGCCAAACGUUUAAAUGUGUAGUUUCGGUAAGAACUGAACAGCUUUAUAGCAAUUGACUCUGAGAACAAAAAGAGGAAUUAACAUGCCGGAAUUUAUCAUCAGUGUUUAUCUUAAUCAACAGUAAACUGAAGAAAGACAUGAAAAUGACGAACAUUGAAGAGCUGCAAAUACAGAGUGAGACUUACUACCAAGAGGUAAUGUAGUAUUCAGUUCUAAUAAAUCAUAACGUGCAGCCAUUGCUUUAAGUUCUCUCUCUCGUGAAUCAAAACAGAAAGUUUGUCUGUUUUAAGCGAGAAAACUAUAAAAAAGUAAACCAAAAGUCCACUUUUUACCCAAUCUCAAGAUCAAGUUUUUGAUAAUAAAACGAAGGCAAAUCACGAAAGUGUAUGAUAACAAGAAUAAAAGAAAUUGUCAGCAACCACAGCUAAGUUCUUUGUUUGGUUUUACGAAAUGGUCACAUUUUUCUAUCAUUUCUAGUCUUCAAGUUUUUAACCUUUUAUUGCUGUAUGCUCUGAACUCAUUCUGUACAGUUUUGUAAACUUCUAAAUUUGUUCAUUUUUCAUCUUUUGUUCGCCUUGCAGGUUCAAAGAUUACAACUGGCUCUUUUGGAAAUGCAGCAAGCACAGGUUCAUGACCCUCCUGGAAGUUGGAGGUAUACGUAUACACACACUCAUUAAUAUACAUUUCAGUGUUUAUUAAGCUUUGUCAGAAUUUGUAGGGACAACAACAACAGCUUGCGCCAAUUUCUACGACCCCCGGCUUCUUUCUUAGGAAACACAAGGAACAUAAAACUAAAAGAACUUCCUCGUUGUUCAAUUCUCCGCCUACUUAUUGCCUAAAGCCCGGUAACUUAAAAUCUACCCUGCGAGCGGAGGUUUCUCUAAUGUAUGGCCGUUAGCGUUUACGAAGUCGUUCAUGUCGCUUGUCAUGCAGUCGCGUAGUUGGUUUGUUUACGCCCCUGAAGCCACUGACAAGCCACGCGAACGACUUAACUAAUUCUAAAAGCCACGCCAGAAAGAAACCCCUUCUCGUAGGGUACUCAAAAACAAAAGCUAUGGCAAAGCGUUUCUGUUGCAAUGGUCAUCUCACGAGAUUUAUUGUACAGACUUCAAUUGUUGUUUCUGAACCGUGCAUUGAUAUUUGAGGGCAUUUUUUCAGCUCUCCAAGGAGUAGUCCCUCAUCAAGAAGAUCGAAAGAAAAGCCUUCAACCUUAACUCUUCAGCGACUAUCAGGUGAGAAAAAAAUGAUGUUUAAAUUUCACCAAUUUUACGUACAGCUAUUUCGAGAAACGUUGUCAGAAAAAAUGUGCACGUGACAAUCUUGAAACUGAGGUAUUAUGGGAUAUGAUCAAUGCGCUGUUCCUGAACUCUAGCUGUCGAACAUACUUUUGUUUCUUUCUCUAGCACUCGCAAACAUACCUCCGCGGUUGCUCGUGCCAUUCUUUCAAAUUUUUGAACUCAAAAUCUCCCUCCAUACCUUUCGGAAUUGUCGCGCGCACUUUGUCCGACAACCCCUCUCGAAAUAGCUGUAUAAUUUUGAAAACCAACCAUGUUGCACACAUUUGUGACGCAUAGUGAAUGUCGCCUAGCCCGUUGUAGGCGUCCCCUCGCUAUUUUUCCUGCUCACAUCUUUUCGCACCGCCCCCACAAUCUGGACGUAUGGAACAGGUUAAAUAGGGAGUUUAAGCAGUGACGUUUUUGAUCGACUCACGUCAACCGGAAGUGAGCCUUUUUCUUUUAUAAAUAUACCUUGACGCUACCAAAUUUGUAUUUCUUAGAGUCUUCACUCUUAAAGAGACGAUUUGUCCAAGAAUUUGUUCGAAAUCACGGUUUAAGAGUGCAAAAACUCCACUUCUGGUUGAGCUGCAUCGCUCAAAAACUACGUCAGUUGCUUAAACUCCCUGAUGUCGCCUUAAAACUCUAACAGACUGUUCAACAGACUGCGAGUCUAACCAGCCUUGACUAGUACUCUUGUUAGUAGCUGAUAGACUGUCCAUGGGCUCCUGGACAGUGUAGUCACUGUUGCAGAGUCUGAAACAGAAGCCCCACUCCUAAACUACACUUGUAAAAUUUUUUAAAGUAGAGUUUUUACCGAAAAACAUUGCUCCUUCAUUGUUAAGACUGGAUGCCAAUUUGUACUUUCAUUUGUAAAAUUACUUGAGUCAACAUGUCCCAUUACAGACUAGGAGUAAUGUCUUGAUUUUCUUUAAGACUGAAGUAGAAUGAGCAGCGAAAAGCGCUUCCCGUGUUGAGUUCAAAGGGAACACUGAUCAGUAACGUUUCAGAACCGAUCGACAUCGUCUCCUCGUGACUGAAACCUUGCUGAGUAGCCGUCAAGGGUCGCCAGGUUCAAGGCUCUUAUAUCAUGACAAUCUUCCCUGUUAGCAGAAGUCCCUUUUCCCUGAUUUCCAAGGAAGAGGAGGCCUCAGAGCAAUGACAACACUGACAAGUUGCUAGAAGUUUCGUAUGUUCGAAUAAAAAGACACCUUUGCCGUACUCAUGAGCACGUGAAUUCUGUAUGUGAUGUGUGCUUUGUUUUUGUUCAUUCUUUAGAGGAAAAUGACCACUUGAAAGCGGAAAAUCGCAGUCUCAAGAAAGAUUUGCUGGCAGCAAUAGAAAAUUCGUCCACUGGAGAAAAGAAAGUGGCUUUGAAAAGUCAGUAGAGUCUUGCUAAACUUUCGUGUCGACUUUCGCUUAAUAUUUGUUUGAAUUUUGGCACUUGUAUGUUUCGCUGAAGCUUUUAAAUUGAUGCAAAAUGUAAUUGAGUACAGUAUUUUGAUCCCAAAUACUAAUAUGCAAAUUGUUGGUACUUGUGAUUUCAGCCGAGUAUGCAGAUAUGAACCGAGGGCAACUUCUGGCUAAAAUUCACGAACUAGAGGAAGUAAGUUAUGUGAUUGUGUUUACCAAUAUAGACUGAACAAGCUAUACUUUAAUAUAGGUUUUAUCCUUAUUUUUUUUAUUUCAAAUUUUGCAGACACUGUCGACCAUUUUAAUGUCGAAUGUUAGACCAGGUGUCCAGUAGAGUGCUUGCACUUUAACACAAAAAAUUGUCACUUUGUAAAUGUACUGGCCGUUCUAUUACUGGACUUUCUAAAAGUCCUUUAUGUUUUUUCCUGCUUGAAUAUGCCAUUUUAAAGGACUUUUCAUACCUAUUUGGCGCGAAAUUCACCGGUCGAAAAUUCUACCAGUGACAUCGUGACAACUGACCAAUAGGACACUGAGUGAUAUUUCAUGCCCCUCUCGACACAGCAUCUGUCAAUCCUUUUUUCUCGCGUGAAUUUAUAAUAUGAUUCAAAUCCAUUCAGGCGAAACAAGUCGACCUCGAGACUUCGUCGCGCUCGCUCAGUCGCUACGCCACCUCAUGCAUUGAAGCUCGCUUCGCUCACUUUUAAGAACCUAUGAGAGGUCGACUUGUAGCAAGCCUAUUCUAUUACCUACUUUAGGGGAGGUUAUUUUUACUGUUGUUAUUUGCAGACAUUGUAGAUUAGUUCUAUAUUAACGGAUGCGUAAAUAACAAAUGCAUACGUUUAACGAAGACAGAUAUUAGGGCCAUUUAUACGAGGAAAAAUAAGACGCGUCUUAAAUAAGACGCGAACUGUACCAUUUAUACGAGCAUGUGGUAUCUAAUAAGACGCGUCUUAGCUAAGCCGCGUCUUAUUUUAGACGAAAUGUGCCGUUUAUACGGAAAGUUCGCAUCUUAUUUAAGACGCGUCUUAUGUAAGGCGCGUCUUAUUUUUCCUCGUGUAAAUGGCCCUAUUGUGCCUUUCUUGUCAUGGCUAUACAAAGCACCCAGAAGAGCACUUGUCCUUUACACGAAAUAGGGAUACUUUGAACAGGUCGUAGCUUUGUGAAAUCUAUCCGCCGAUAGCGGUUACGCUGCUCAGGAAUCAAAAGGGCUGUGUGACAGGUCUCGCUCAUUUUGUUAAUCUUGCCAGUUACGCUUUCUUAUGUGCUAUCAUGGAACUUAACGUUAACUAAGAAAUUACCAGCUUAAUGGCGUAAUAAUAGCGUUUUUCCUCGUCUCUUUCUUUCUUUUUAUGUGUGCAUUUCUGCUACAGUAUAUUUCUGACCUGUUAAUUAUUCCUAUUUAAAGCUGAUGUCUAGUAGCAAAAAUAAGCUUUGAAAAACUGCUUAGCUCACAAUUUCGAUCCGACCCGUUUCAAUGUUCUUCAAGUUUGUCUAUCUGUGCCUUCUCUUUUCUAUCUGCGGUGUUAUUUAUAUCUUGUUUUAAUGUCUUGAGCUGUUAUUGUUACGUUUCACUCAAUUUGGUGGCACUUCCUACUACUUGAAUUUUGAUAAAAUUCGUGACACAGCUCCUUCAAGGUACCGGAAAACGGGCAACAAAAAACGUGUAACUUGUUUUGCAGCAUUGCUGGAAAGCGAGUUAAAUAACGAUGUUGCGCGUUUCACCACCCACGGUUCAAACCUGUUAACAACCUGAUUUGUUGCAGGACAGGUUUGAUGUGGGUUGUAAAACGCGCAAGUUACACGUUUUUUGUUGCCCGUUUUUCCGUACCUUUACCGAUUAGAAUCGUUCUUAUAUUGUUCUUCACUCAAGUAAAGCAUAAUUUAAUCCUACUUCAUCGAAGGAUUUAGAUUCAAAUUAGCGGGGUAACUUUACAGGGUAAAUAAGGCCUUAUUUUGGUCUAGAUUCAUGAGAUUUGUUCAUUGCUGGUUGCAGAAACUGCAGGACUCCGGCGGGAAGAAAAUUCUGCCUCGCAAGGGAUCCUUACCCGAGGAAAAACAAACUGACUUGGAAGUGAGAAGAAAAAGUAUUUCAAAAUCUGCUGAAGGUAUAAUUUAAUUUUAUGAAAAAAACUGGCAUUUUCAGAGGAGAGAAGCAUCAGUGAUUUGUUAAAUUUGCCUUCGUGAAUGAUGUUUUCUUUUUUCUUUUGACAGUUAAAUCGUUAUAGAGAGUGACCAAACUUUAUCUUACCUUAUUCGUAUGUUAUGUUGGUAGUUCCAGGAAGGAUCGAACUGAAGGGAACCACAUCUCAGAAACUCGCGCAGCUUCAAGAAAGAGAAAUAGAACUUCUAGAAGAAAGAGAGAAACAGCGCAAAGUGAUUGAGCAACUGAAAGAAGAUCGCGCACAUUACAGAUCAGUCUCAGAUGACCUCAGGUAAAAUAAAGAUUGCCAUACACCUUAUCCAGAAAUGGUACUUUUCUUUUAUGUUUAUGUUAAGUAACCCUCUUGGCUUCGAUUGUAUGUUCGGAAUUCAAGAGAACUUCUUCCUUGAAACGAGGCAAUGAAGCCAAUUACCAUGAAGACAAAAGGAUACCUAAAUUGGCUACCACUUUGAAAUGAGGUGUUUUUGUCUUGACUGAUCUAGUCAAGUAAAAUAUUAUGCAGUUUUGGUAAACUUGAGGUUUUUCAACACUGUGAACUCAAACGGUUUUGUUUAACCGAAUUUAAGCCGUUUGUUGGGGAGUAAAAUGCAGCACCUUUGAUUGAUUUUGAUUUGGCUAUCUAAGUAAAAGGCACAAGGGGCCCCGAUGUGAGGUAAAGUAGUUCUUAAAAAGGCUGUUUUGGUCCAGAUUGUGCUGAAGUGGUUACACAAGAGGCUGGAUAGGCCAUUUUCGAGUUCCAAGAAUUCUUACUUUCAAAACGAGGCUAAUGAAUGUUAGUAAAAUCCAACUAGUGGCCUAUUAUGCUGCGUUCUGAUUGGUUGAGCUACUACUAGGCUAUAUGUUAUAGUCCACUAGCAGCGAAAAGCGCCGGCUUUUUGGCGGCAAAAAAGAUCAAAGUCUAGCUUUAACUAGCUAAAGUUGUUUUGUCUCGAUAUUUUUGACCAACUAGUUGAAUUUUAUGUUACUAGAACAGUUAUUCCUCUCGCCCUUAUGAGUCAAUAGCCCAUGAGGCUGAUAUUUGCAUGAGAAUAAACAAUCAUUUCCAUAUCAAUGGCUUCGCACUUAGCCUCGCUUUGAAACAGAGACUUGAGGCCACUCAGAAAUGGUCUAUUGGACUGAUGGGGGUGAAUUUAGUUUUUUAAUUUGUCCACCGUGGUUAUCUAGGGACAAGGAGAUAGCUAACUGGAGUGGAUUCCAAGGAAAUUUUGUUUUAUUACAGGCUACACAUUCUCCAAAAUACAGACAUGCAUGUGAAUGGAAUUUAUUCGUUGUUUGAAAUCAUGGAACUUCCAACAAGUUUACAUUUGAAUUUAACUAAAGUUGGUGAUCGGCGAUGGUAAACAGUUUAAUGACAGACUAUUUCUGUAAAAGUAGUAGCUUUCCGCGACUCUGUUGAUUCGUUUGUAGAGACGGGCCUAUACUUGUUUAUAAGGAUUGCUAAUCUAAUGUACUAACUACAAUAAACGAUUAGGUUGCAAUUGAAAUCUACUCAAGAUGAGCUAGACAUAUUAAAAGGCGAGAAGGCUGCUGUAGGAGAAAGAAGAAGAUCUUCCACUUGUUUAUCCAGGUGAGGUCUAUUAACACUGCUAGCGAGCUUAUGAAACCUUUGUAGUAUCAUGUGGGACGUUGCUAACAAUUCUGCACCUGAAAAUAUCAAGAGAGCCUUUACUAGGAUUUCUGAGGUGCUUUCAUAUCCUACCCGAUCUUCUCUCAAUGAUGAUUUCUAUACCGAACACUCAAGGCUUGAAAAAAGUCUGGAAUUCUUUACCCUCAGAUAAGAGAAACUUACCAAAAUCUACCUUUCGGAAAAAGACAAGGAAUCAUGAUAAGCUCUUUGAAAUUUUAUCAAAAUCUGAUGACUAUCUUGAAAUCACUGAAAUCAUGCAUCAACUUAAAUUUAACUAGCUCAGGAACACAACUAAAUUUAUAUUCUCUGUGUAAAUCAUAUUGCAAUUAAAUUAGCUUAAUACAUACUAUAGUUUUUAUUUUGCGACAGCUGGUACUGUUUGUGAAAUAGUUAUUUUUUUCUUUUCUUUCUUUAAAUUUGUGUGUCUCUUCCCCCGCCUCGAUUAGGCUCUCCUAUACGCGGGUGGAAGCUAUCGUGUAAUUGUAAAUUGAAAGUGAAUGAAUAAAGUUGAAGUUGAAACCUCGUCAGAUUUUUUAAUCUCCAAAGAGAUUUCUUCCACUCGACUUUUACGAAAACUCAAUACAAACAGUUUUUCGUUGAAAUUGUUAGUACACGAGUUUUACGCAUUUGUGGAUGAAUUUCGUGAAGUUAAGUUUAUUGCAUUGCAAAAAAAUGUUUGAAAGUGAGCCUUUAAUACAGCAAGGUAGCAGUAUUUUUGCGUUAGUGGGCACUAAAUGCGAGAACUCGUCAAACAGAAACGUCUGAAGGUGUAAACAGUGUAAGACUGCGGAGAAAGAGGGAGAGAAACUUGUUCUUUUGCAGCCCAAUAAUCUUUGUAUUGGUUUUGUAUGUUUAGCCCAAGGAAGCUAUCCCUUAAGGAUACUCCUCCGCCAGACAACAACGGUGAUGACUUGGAUCGAAUGUUGAAGGAGUUUCAACAACAGCGAGCUGCUAAGACGCUACAAAGACAGUGGCGCGGUUACCAAGGGAAGAAGCAACAGCAGGCAAUACAAGAGGAAGAACUGAAGAGGAACGGCGCUGCCGUGACGCUUCAGAAAAACUGGCGCAGACACAGAGAUAGGGUAAGUGCUAGAACAAAAGAUGUUUCCCUGUCCUUUAUUCUUGCUAGACCUCUUCAGUGUAGAUGAAGCUUUCAAAUUACAAUUGAACCUCUUCUUUUGGAUGGUUGCCUCGUUACCUCAAAUUCCAAACUUCAUGCAAUCCACACCUCUUUGAGAGACACAUAUCUUUGCUGUAGACUCUUAGCUUUGUUCCUUUCGUGUCCUCGUUAAGAAGGUUUUUACUAUAACUGAGUGAUUUCUCGCGUGCCCAUGAGUUUUAGUCUUUUGGAGUUUAGAGCAUGGAGGUAUUGUAAUGAUGCUGCUGUUUGUUUUUCAAAAAUUCGCAGUGGAACCACUCGCCUGCGGCUCGUGUUGCCACUCGAAUUUCGAAUUUUUUGAGGUGUUUUCUUCAGUCGAAGAGGUUAAACAAGUUACAGUAUUUGUUUAUUACAUGUAUCCUCAUUUUCAAAGCGAAUCCUGGAUUUCUUUCCUUUCCUUUGAAAAUGACUUUUCAUUUACACCAAAAUAAACUAGUCAGCAUUUGAUAUGAAUUGUUGCACGCUAGGCCUUGCUGUGAGCCUCAGCGCAACUUAUCCCAGGGUAUCAAGUGUCUUUUACCCUUGCACUUCAAGAUAUUUCGGGCUGGUCCAACACAUCUUCAGCCAAAGGCCGAAGUGACAAGUGGCAGGGGAUUUUCACGGCAAACGCUGGGAGGACUUUAGAUGAUCACGUGAUUCCAAGACCUCUAGGGUGCCCCUUAUCGUUUGAAGUUGUUCACGCAACUUCCCCUUUUUACUGCCCUAUAGAUCGGAACGUCUACUUAGUUAGAAAAUGUUUAGAAGCUGUUAUAUAAUAAGCAUUAAUUUUGGGCAACAUGAAUUUCUUUCACCUAAAUAUAUUCCACAGUUAUUUUAUUUUUUUUACAAACUUGCCCCGAAAAAAAUAUAAACAUCUAUUGAACUUGAAUUUUCAUUGCAGACCAAGCAACAAGAAGAAGAAGCCAAGGAAGAGGUAAUGUUUAAAUUCAUGCCAUCGUUUCAGGGGUCUAUGUGCAGGUUCUAGUAGGGUAAGGACAGGAUUUUGUGGUGGGAGAUUUGGGAGUGCUACCGUCACGUUAAGCCAUCAUCAACGCCCUUCUACCGGUCCCCAAAGUACAUAGCCUGCGAAAACAUCCGUUUCUCCUCGCUCUUCGCCGCUGGGGACGUUUCGUUCCUCCGCGCGAAACGUCCCCAGUGGCGAAGAGCGAGGAGAAACGGAUGAUUUCGCAGGCUACAAAGUACAAGACUUCUCUAUGAUCUUCCCAACCAAAGCGAAUCUUGAGACCUGUAAGGUUGCUUGUGUAAAACAAUUUUCUCUUCUAACUGGAAUCAUGUUAACGAGUAGAUAACCUAAAGGUAAACUGAGAUGCACUGGUGUUAUUAUGAAAGCCUCACCGGGAUCAGGUAAACAUACGCAAAAAACAUAGAAACGACACUGAUAGAAUCUAAAUAGAGCGGGGUUGUAGCCGUUGACAGCUGUUUGGCAAAUUUUGUGGUUCAUCAGAACGGCGUAACAAAAAGGAAAGCUCUGCUGAAGAAGUACCUGCACACGCUGUUUAAAGCCCUAACACUGGACUGUCACACCUGCCGAAUCACGCCAUGUAUAUUCCGUUUUUACACCAUGAAAACCCCGAGAAAACACUUUUAAAAUGUAAAGUUCUUUGUAUUCCAUCAUUUUGCCAUUCAUUUGUAGGCGAUUAAAGAGAUCCAGGCCGCCUUGCGAGGUCAGGCCGUUCGUAGCAAGUACAUUGAGGAAAUUAACAAGGAUUUCACAGACCGCGAUGACGCUAUUGUCACUAUCCAAUCAGCAAUGAGGGCGCACUCUGCGAGAAUGAAGCAUCUGGGAGAGGAACCUGGGCGUGAGCUGGAGGCACGUGAAACGAGAACAAGAGGAAGGUAUAGUAGUUAAAAUGGUCACAAAAUUGCUUCGGAUUAUGUUUUAGAGAAGUCACUUUUUCCUGGCAGUAUUUGUGGUAAGAUGUAAGCCUGCGUCUGUUUUUGCUGGGUUCUGGAAACCCAGUAAAGACACUGGCGUACCUGAUUAGGAACAUGUCAUCCCACCAGGGCAAAAAGUCGACCAAGUUUUCCUGCCGCUUGUGCUAAAAAGGAACUGAUAUUAGUCUUUGCGAACUUCUCUUGUUUUCUUUUCAGUUCCAGUCACCUGUCGCUUGGUUCGGAACCUGACUCUGAUGAUGGCCUGGUAACUAGCUCGUCAAGCAGUAGGAGACACCCAGGACCUGCUCUAACAAACGCAAGGAGACACAGUUUGUCAGGUUAGAACGUGCUGUAUAGACCAUAUUAUUAAAAUAUUUUUACCCGGGUCGCGCACUGCAAAAACGUUUUAUCGUGAUGCUUACUUAGUUACUUGAUUGGAAGCUUUUAGUUGUAUUAACAGAUGUAAAGGAAAUCAUUUCGUUCUAAACUGCUUACAACUUUUAUUUGUGUGUUUGCAUGCAAGAUAGCGGUGUUUGUGGUAAAGGUGUAAAAUGAAUAAUGUUAGUUUAAGUCGUGCUGCACGCGAGAAUGAGUUAGGUGUGAAGGUAGAGCAAGGUUGCUGUAGUUUCUUGCACAGUCUUUGUUAUGCUUUGAAACAUAGGCAUGCUUUUCUCUUCUCAUUCUUAGUGAAAGUUUCACUUUACCAAAAAGCUAUUUGUUACGUUGACAAUCACAUGCAUAUUGACAUUCGUGCCUAUACCAAAAUUGUCAGUCAAUAACCGGUAUUUUGUUAUAUUAUAAUGUAAAAGAUCCACAGUCGUCAACCAAACCCGUGGGAAAAACACUUGAACCUGAUAGAGCUGUACAUGUUGAGGAAUUUGCACUCAAAGACGCUGCACGAGAUAAAAGACUUGCACCAGCACCACUUGCACGUGAUCAGGCACCUCUUUCUACUCCUAAUCAGAAACAUAACGCACGUGACGAGGCACGUGAUUCUUCACCACGUGCGCGCCACGAGACAACCGCUGUUACUCUUAGUAAAAAAGUUCCACGUGAUCAAGUUGCUGAUGUAUCAGCACUCUCGCACGAUGAAGUCCUUCCAGGUAAUGAGGCACAUGCAGUAGAUAAAAAACUUGCAGGUGGUCUUGAACGUGAUUCGUCCACACUUGCACGUGAUCAGUCAGAAUCUGAUUCAGAUGAUGACGCAGUAGUAAUUGGACGAUCAGCUAGAACAGGCAACCGAGAAAAAGAAAAGGCUUAUUUGAACUUGGAUGCCUCUGUUGAAAGCAAUCAAAGAACUUUAGCUGUUAAUAAAAAGGAUGUGAUUGCAGAGAAGACGAGAGCAUACCGCGGAAAGAAACACGCCGCUGAAGAGACAACGAAGAGUGAAACUGGAGAUAGCAACGAAAAAAACAGUAAAACAGAGGGUAUGUUUAAUCAGUGGAAGAUUGCAGCAUGAAGACCAAUCACCGCCAACAUUUAACACUGAUCAGUAACCAGCUUAUGGAAAGCGAAUCAGUCUAACAAACUUCCCUCUUAAUAUUCUUCAGCAUAUGAACUUGGCAGAGUUCUUUCUACUAACGAGAAACAAAUACUAACAAUUGUGCACAUCUUCUUUCUUUGCUUUUUCAAACAAAAAUCUUUAUUAGUUGGGCAUGAUUAUUAAAGCAGAAACCUCUUUCUCAUCUUUCUUUGUUUUUAUCUUUUUCCGUAUUCCAUUUCAUUCUAGUAUCUUGGUAACUUAGUUUAAAUUCAUCUUAUGUUGUGUGUAAUACAUUGUAAGGAACAAUAAGUUUGGAGUGGGAGCUCUAGUUUUUACACCAAGUUCGUUUACACUAGAUAAGGACUUGUUACGGGUACCCCCUGCCGGCCCUUCCAAUUUUGGCUACAGAAUAAUUUUUUCUUUUUUGGGGGGGGGGGUGCGCUGGAAAAUCACGUUUUUGGGGGGGAGGGUCGUAACCCGUCCUCAGCCACUAUAGUACUCAAACGUUUGUUGUAGUGCAAACUGGUCUUUUCAGUGUUUCACCUUUUUUUCUUCCCCCAGGGUCUAGGCGUGUUAUCUCAGCUCCAAGGUUUUCAAACAUUUCUGAACAUAGCGAGGAUGAAGACUCCAGAUUGAAUGAAAACCAAUAUGGUAGGACGCGAAACGAGUCAGCGCACAAUGUAACUGAACAACAACGGAACAAAAAAGGCUUCGAGAUAGUUGAUAGUGAUGAUGAUGAUGACGAUGCGGUUGUUACAGGGCCGAGACGAUCACUGGAUACAGGCCUGAACCAACAACGGCCUUCUCUCUCACGAUCAAACCGAGAUAUCACCCUGUCGGGUCCGAGCAAGGAAAAUGGGCCUGGGUUAUCCCGAUCAUCCCGAGGGAUAAGCCCACCUCUUACGAGCGAGGACAACUUUAAAACUGUCGAAAGCAGGCCUGGGUUGUCCCGAUCAUCCCGAGGGAUACGCCCACCUCCUACGAAUGAAGACAGCGUCAGAACUGCCGAAAGCAGGCCCGGGUUGACCCUAUCAUCCCGAGAGAUCAGCCGUCCUGCUUCGAGUGACGACAGGACAAGAACAUUCGAAAGUAGGCCUGGUCUUUCGCGAGCGUCAGGUCACUUGUCAGUUAAUAGAGAUUUCGAAGAUUCUGAAAAAGAACAAGAGGAAAACCCUUCCAGACCAGGACUUUCCUCAUCAAAGAGGCCAUUAAGUGGAAAAAGACCCAGUUUAACUCGGAGUGGGAGCCGUGACAAGGACAAGGACAGCCCAAGAGUUUCAGCUUCAGGACGGUCUAGGAUGAUUACGGGCUCAGAAGAAGAUAGCGGUGAAGAUGACGUAAUCAUGACUGGAAAAAAGACCAAAAAUGUUGGUGGUGAUGGGAAGAAAGGCGGCCGUCCCAGUCUCACUCGGAGAUCACCUCCCAGUGCGUGUAAGGACAUGUCUUUUGAUUCAUAAGAUAACUUAAAUAGACCCACGCAGGAAUUGACUGCAGUGAAGCUUUUACAUUGAAAAUUGUAUUAUUUACAGAAAUGGCAAAUUUUCAUUUUCCAGGAGUUACAUGGAGCUCCUUUUAGGGAGUUGAAAAAUUCACUUCCAUCGGAGGUUCUUUAACCGCCCAAAGUACUACUCUUUACUCUUAAUCUCUUAACUUGACGUUAAGAUUAACCAUUUUUCAAAUUUUAGCAAUCAGACCAGUACGAGGAGUAGCCACAGGCUUAAGCUUCUUGAGCUUCACUGUAAGAAAGAUUUGUUCAAGUUUUCUUUUUUCCUAAGGACUGCUUGAGACAGGAAUCAGCUCCUCCCUGAUAUGUCUCACAUUACUUCUCUUGCCGAAUCUAAGAAUUGCCUUAGUUCAGUAGCUAAAUAAGAAUUUCUAAAUUUGUAUAGUUAAUAUUUAUUCUAUUUUCUACAUAUUGUCGCAUGUAAUUUUUACUUUUAUAUUUUGUAAGUGGUUGGUGUGUUGACUUGCGUUACUGGCUUUUGCUUACCUAUCGUAAAUGAUCGAUUAAGCGCAACGGUGCUUAUUUCAUUUUCCCUGUUAAAGGUGCGGUGCUUAUUCGAGAGCGAUUUUAUUUCAACUACGGGUGAAACACUGAGGGUAAUAUAGAGAGAACUCAGAGUUGUGCAAGAAAAAGGACAAAUAUGUACACCUCGAACCGUUAUAUGGUCUUAUAUGUACCCGGUUUCAAGAGUUUCACUGCAUUAAAACUUUAGAACUCGCGAGUUGGUCGUGGUCUUAUUUCUCAAGCAAUAUGGUUUUGAUAUCUCUUUAUGUCAAGCACCGUAAUAAAGUUGGGGCGUGUCUUUGUAAAUACCCAUAUUAGCGCCGCGGCGCUUGUUAAAUUAUUUUCGGUAAAUGUGCGGCGCUUAAUCUAUCAUUUACGGUAAUUGAGAUGAUGAUGCUGAUGAUGAUGAAUCUAUUUAAACUAAAAUGUACCGAGGAAAAAGGAGUUAACUGAGAUCUACACUUUUACCCUUCUACAAUAGUUUGAAAUACCCGUUUGAAAAUUACGGUGUGAACUUUACAGCACAUAAGGACGCGGGCUACCUUCACAUGGGACCGGACGAAUGUUCAAAGUUCUCAGCCGCUCGAAAAUUCGUUCGUUUUGGUGAUAAUUUAAUAGCCUUAGCCCUCAAGGGGAAGCUACACUGAAGUUGAAUUUAGUGCAGAGCCCAAUUGCUCGAAAGAAGGUUAAGUUUAACCCAAGAUUAAGCCAAAUUUUAAUCACGGUUUUCUUGUCUUCGACCAUGUAACUCAAGCUUACAAAAUACUGUUUAGCCUUCACUCUGAGAUACAGUCAUGAUAACAGAAAAUGUUAUUCCAAGCAAUGCAUAGAAGGUAAAUACAAAAAGUGGAGCAAAAUUUUAAUCCUAAGGUAGUGCUAAUCGGGCUUUCAUGAACAGGACCCAGAACUAUAAAACUUAACGUUCUCUACAAAGAAGGUUAUGAUCCUAACUUUGAGCUAAGAAACGUUUUUCUGUUAAUUGCAGCGUCGUCUCAGCGUGAUUCUCUAGUUAACAGCCUGGACAACUUUUUCUCUUCGACUUCUUCAAAUAAAGGAUCCAGUAGUAAGAAGUCCCCCCGGAAAACGCAGGCUAAGGUUCGCGAAAGUGAAGAUGACGAUGACGAUGAUGAUGACAUAGUUGUUUCCUCGCUAUCGAAACUGAAGUCCAGGAAAGGACAACAAACCAGAAAAGACUCUCGCGAUUCAGGUUGGUGUAUGAGCACUUCUGUUAUGCAGGCUCUUAACUGAUUCCUCACCCUUUUCCUUUCCUGGCAAUCUCAUGAUUGCCGUGUAUUUCAUUUUACACCGCCGUGUGUUUACAUCUUGUACCUAUGUACUGUCUACCUUAGUCUGCCUAUACCUUAAGAUAAACGGUUUCCGCCUACCGGUUUGAAUAUGGGGAACAUAAUUGUCUCGUCUGCGUACCAAUUCGGAGCCGUAUUUUCCCAAGUAUUGGCAUAUGUAAUGCCGUACCGAUAGCUUAGCCGCUUCUCCAGGGUAAGAGGCAGUCUAUUACUAAUUUCGAAUUUGACUACGAGCAAGAGAGGAGCUUUAUCCAGGAGACGGCGUAUCUUCCUUACGUUUUCUUUAUUGCCUCUCAGAGCGAACGUAAGAAGACCCGAUGGCGAAUGCGCGUGCAAAUCAAGAGCGUCCACGCUGUAAAAGAUAAACUUUGUUUAAUCACGGGCAAAUCAUCAGCUAUUUAAAGAUCUCAGACUGUAACUACACAACCAUAACUACAACUAUGAACAACACUAUAUUAAAAAGCUAUAUUCCAGUCCGUGAAUGUCCUGCCUUAAAGAGCUUUCCAUACAGUGAAUGAUCAUCUCGUUCCUCACCUGUAUGAUGUUUUAUUAUCCAAAUGUUUUUUGUUUAUUUGUGCUUUUCACUCUCUCUGGUAGUUGCUGACCUGUGGGCUACCUCAGAUAAAGGAGGUGAUUCCAGCAAGCGAAAAUCUGUAAGUGUUUCUUACAUUACUGUGCAACUCACAAAACCUUGAACACCAGAAAUAUUUAUGGAACGUUAUUGUGUUUGGAGAAAUAAGCAAAUAAGGUGCGAGAUAACUAAACCGCAAACAGCAACGGUAAUUAGUUUGUGGUUUUGAGGUUUGCUUGCGUAUCCUGAACUUUAUUGUGAUUGUCCACUACACAAUCAACAUUCCUGAAAUUUUUCAGGUGUUCACAGUUUUCUGAGUUUGACAGUUACUGAAUUUUCAUGCGUUAAGCUUCUGUUUGGAGCUCAUCUCUAGUGUACGAUAUCAGGUUCUCCGACUACCUUGCGUGGAAAGCCGUUUCGUUACGUGAGGUUUCUUUUACGUCUCGCAGUGUUAUUUAACAAUUAUUCCUCGAGCCCGAAUGGGCUCUGAGUCGAGAGGAAUAAUUGUUUUAGUAAAAUCCAACUAGCUGGUCAAAAAUAUCGAGACAGAACAACUUUAGCUGGUUAAAGCUAGACUUUAAUCCUUUUUUUGCCGCCAAAAAGCCGGCGCUUUCGCUACUAGUGGGCUAUAACAGCCUAGCAGUAGCUCAACCAAUCGGAACGUAGCGUUGAUAAUAGACCACUAGUUGGAUUUUACUAAUACCAGAUAUCUCAGCCAAACAGUCUCUCCUCAAGCUUUUGCGUGGUUAAGGAACUAAGGUAAACGUGCACUGCUUUUGGUUGGUCAGCAAACACACGAAGCGGCAAAGCGAAUGAAUCGCGAGCUCAAUUGUUGUAAAUUAGGGAAUCUGAUUCUUUUAGUUAGUAGUGAGUGCAACAAAUCAUAGAUACAGUGGAGAUGAUUUUCUGAAUCGUAUUAAAAUCACUAUAGAUUUUCUCUUUAACGGUAGUGGCUAAUUUUACCUUGCGAACGAGUACACUCGCACGCUUAACGUUUUGCCUCGUUCUGUUUUACAGAGUAUCAAGUCCUCCAAGAGAGAAACAUGGAGUACUGACUUUGAGUUUGAGAAGCCGCCCCGUCGACCAGAGUCUCAACUUGAUGAACUGUUUUGACCAUAUCCAUAUCUCGGCCUUGUCAUAAAAAACACUCGCGCUCCAUGGCCUAAAAAUCGAAUGUAUAUGUCAGAAAGAAGAAGAAAGUUUGGAAAAGACUCAUAGAGAUCAGUCUAAUAUAGAGGGUGCGAGGUGCUAAGUGGGAAAAUUGUGAAAUAUACAAAACCAGGCCCGCCUGCGCUCGUUCAAACCUAGUAUCUAAUCUCCCGCAAAUGGUCCGUAAUUAAAACAGUUUUAAACCCCUGUCAAAAAAUCACAGCAUUUCUUUUGUUCACGAAAUAUUGAAGCUGUUGUCAUAACUGUUGUUCUCGCGCAAGUGCAGUGUAACUUAUUUUCUGAUGACGUGAUUAUCAUUCUCCUCCCCGUUUUUCUUUUGGUCACUUGGUCUCGUUACAAAUAAAGCCGAGUGGCUCUGGGGAUGAGAAUGUGAUUGUCUAUCAGUGCUUGUUGACCGCGCUCGUGUUUUCGGCGCAAGUUGAUUGGGUUUUAGUAUAAAAAGUACAAAACCACAGAACAGCAAACAAACCGACAAAUGAAUUCACUCACUCGGGUAAAAAAAAAGGCCACGUCGCAAGUAAAUUUGUGAAAUUGUAAGUAAAUAAACUAUUCAAAACGUUUUCAUAAGUUCCAUAUGGCUAAGCCAGAAAGACAGGUAUACACAGUCAGAAGCAUGCUUCUAACACAGUAGCAUGAGUUAUUCGAAAAUUGUGAAAAAGUAGCAUGAGUAACACAGUAGCAUGAGUUAUUCUAAAAUUGUGAAAAAGUUUCAAUUUGUAGCCUUUAAACUCAUACAUAAUAAGUGGUUGUUGUAUAUUAAGCUUAAAAGUAAGUAAAUUCUUG